ACGUUCCUUUUCCUUCCUUUCCUUCUUUUUGUUUUUCUUCUUUUCUUUUGCGACGCCCGAGCUUAUUAGACCAUGACUCGAUCUGCAAACUUCUACAGCUUUCCCCACUUGACUCAAGAAGAGUUCUCAGAAGUCUGUCAUCAUUUUGACCGGCGAUAUCGUCAGGCCACAUUGGGCCCCGUCCGGCAACGAUGGAGGAUGCGAGUAUGCACGUCUCUGGGCGCCUCAUUUGCUGUGGGCGCCGAGUACGCCACUUUUAUACAGAUUGUUCGGCCCCUCGAAGCAUCCUUGGACCACGGAGAUCUUUCAUCACAUCUAGACCGAUUCUCAUUAUGUAACCGCCCCGACGGGGAGGCAGAGGGAGAGCCUGGUGCCAAAGACCAGGCCAUGAUAAACGCCGAGGAAGAUGACGAGGCUGCCCUCCGCAGAGAGGCUACAUCAGAUAUCGGGCAGGUUGUCUAUGAGAUCCACCAUCAUCCCACGUAUCAGAUACCGUGCCUGUGGUUCACGUUGCACGGCUUGCCAGCUGAUGAGCCGGCGUUCAACAUCGACACCGUCUUUCGAAGACUCGUCCCUGACCAGUACAAGGAUGCCCUCCGCAGCGGAGGGCCAAUCGGCGGCAUUUCCGGAGAUCAUCAUCCCAUCACGGGAGUCCCCUCGUUCUUCAUCCAUCCUUGCCUCCUCGGUGAUGCGAUGGCCGGUUUCGACUGCACCAAGGAGAAUUACCUGAUGGGCUGGCUGGGCUUGGUAGGCGGGUGCGUGGGCCUCUGGGUGCCCAAGGAGAUGGCCCUGGGUUAGGAGUUGAAAAGUUUGGCCGGGUCCCUAUAACCUGGACGAUCAAUCUUCGUCGCUGUCCUCCUCCAUCGCCACGUCGCUGUCCUCCUCCUCUUCGUCUCUCGGCCUCUUUUGGCCACGACCCUCCGGCGAAUUGGCAUCUUUCAUUUCAAGGU